GCUUCGAAUAUCAGACGAGAUGUUUAAGUUCAAUCCUAGCGGGGUUACGACCGACAAGUACACCCCUGGAUACCCCCAGGUCGGCCAUCAAAACCCCAGGGGCUUCAACAGGAGAGAUAGCAGACACAGUACACGAUCAAAUGUAUCCAUCAGGUCCUUCAAGUCGACGAGCAGUAACAAGAGUAAUCUACCGCGUCUCGUCGAAGAACACCGAAUGAAGACGGACACUGAAGAGUGGCAAAAAGAACAAGAGUAUGAAAUACGCCGGAAAAAAAGAAAAGAGAUGCGCAAGAAAAGGAAUGCCAAGGCCAAACUUCGCACCAUUCGCAGAUUCUAUUCGGUCGCGAUCAUAUCAAUGCUGUUUGGCACAGUGGUUUUGAUCGGUGCUACAUUAGACGCAGUUGGUGAAGGUACGUUUCUUUGGACUUACAGACAAUACUUUAAAAUCAUCGGGCCGAUAAUAAUUGUAUUUGGCGUGGUCGUUCUUCUUACCGUUGUGGGUUUGGAGACGAGAACAUUAAAAGAAAUGAAUAUCAAAGGCGAACUUAUUAUCGAUAAGUUUGUUCAUCCAGACUUUUUGUUAGAGAGGCUCGUGAGUCGUCACGACUCAAACAUAACAUCUGCAUCGGCCGCGAAUAUGAGAUUCGAACUUUCUUCAAUUGACGACAUCGACUGGUCCUGUUCUAGUUUAGAAGAAUCGCAGAAUUUCACUUCCGAUUUUAAUCGUUCAAUCAAUGACAAUAAGGCAAGUUAUGUAAACACUAAGCAGCAGUAUCAAGAGUUUGAAACAGACUUCCGUGAAACUGACAGCAGCAGUCAAGCGCCCGAGUGACUGAACGCGCUCUUCAAGCACCCGGAUGUUGUUGUCAUUGACUUCGCCGAUAGAGGCAGCAAUUUUGACAAAAAACGGUCGCAUUUAAUGACCAACUGUUGUAGUGAGUCAUAAUAAUCAUAAUAACAUAUCUUUAACAGUAUGACUAGCCCCACGUUGUUUAAUCAACCGGGAUUACUGAACAGACAAAGAGUGUCCGCAGUGUAGCAGCAUCGAUUUGUAUGGACAAAAACAGGUUGCCUACCUUUUUGUAAUGUUAGAAUCCUCAAUGACAUACAUAGUUUAAACAUGGUUGUAAAUAUGAUAACGUAUAUAUUCAGUGUAUACCGGUAUAUCUAAAUGCAUAUCGGUACUAAUAAUGGUAAUAAUAAGGAAAGAUUUUUAGUUGUUCGCUUGCGGAUAACUAAGGUUAAUGGUAUGCGUUGCAAGUCGGUAUGCUCUUAACUACACUAAGAACGAUAACCACCGCAUCUGCCUGUUUAUACUCUACCACAGGUACACUGCAGACAGUGAGUGUGUGUGUAUGUAAUCAAUAGUGUUAAACAGCUUGUGCGACGAAAUUGGCCAGUUUGUCAUUAAAAUCUGUACAUAUUAUCUGCUUUAUGGGAAAACGGGACUUAAGUCAUGUCAAAUAAGUGGUGUCCCAGAUUAGCCUGUACACACUGAUUAGCCUGUGCAAUGCGCACAAGUAAUCAAGGAAGACACAUUUUGACUUUAUGGUGUUUUUCGUUUUAAGAGAGUCUCUGGUACUGGAAUGGCAAUUAAUGCAUAUGCGUUAA